AGUUUAUUAUGUGACACCAAAAACAACAAAAAAAUAACUAAAAAUUGCUAAUUGUUUUCUUAACGUAUUUUUUUUUUCGGGAGCGAACGUAAAUUUAACCGUUUGGAGUUCUUAUAUUGCGCACAGAUAUAAAAGAAAUCUACAUAGCCAAAUUCAAAAGGUGCUUAGAAAAAUGAACACGAAUAUAUGGAACUCAUCUCAAAUGGCCGGCACUGGCGGCGCCCUCAAGGCGCUGGCCAAAAACCUGGCCAAUCAGCUUAACCUAAAUCGAACGGAAAUGAAACGUGUUGUAGCACGCGUCAUCUCGGAGUGCCAUGGUCAGGGCCACGUGGGUGACUACAACGGACACAUGUUCUAUGUGAAGCCGGAGCGCAUCGAUAUGACCAAACAGAUAACACACUCGAAGGAGGCAUUCGACGAUAUGUUGCAGCAGAAGCGAAUGCGGUCCAAAAAGCCGCUGCCGCGCCCCCCUACCGCCUCUCGAUCGCUAACCUAUAAGAUGACCGUCGACGGCAAGAAGGAGAAGAGCCUCACUGGCGUCAUCAUCGACCAGAAUCAUUUGCGAAAACGUGGCCAGCCGGCCGAGAUCGUGGUCCAGAUGUCCAAGUCGGUUACCAACAAUAAGAGCAGGCAGGCGAUCAAGCGCAAGCCAGCGGCUCAAUCCAACAAUCAGUUGCUCAUAAAAAAGCAGCCAAGCGGUCGUCCGGCCACACUCAGCACGCCCAAGAUCUUGAAGAAGUUCCAGAAGAAGCCGAAGAUCGCUCAGCUAGUGCAACGGAAAUCGGUGAUCAAGAAUGUCACGAAGAUAACGAAACUGACGAAGCCCAAAGUUCUGAUUGCGAAAAACCAAAAGUCCCGUCCGGCACUGCAGCCGGCCAAGUUGAGUCUGGCGCCGUCUCUGGCGCAGCCUCGGAUGCGUGCCGGCAAUGCUGUGCGCCCGUCCACGGUGGCCAUGAAGCUGUCGCCGAAGAAGACGCGGAGCGAGCCGCCCAGCUGCCCCCGGACGCCAGUGCCCAGCGUAGCCCCACCACCCAAGAAGCCGGGCAUCCUGAAGAAGUCCAAGAGUGUCAAGCUGCCGAGGGUGAAGAGCUCAAACAGCUGCCGCAUUGUACCGGAGGAGAGGCCAAAGAAGAAAUCGAAGCGCCUCACCGCCGGCGGCAUCUAUCCCAAGGUCAGCCGCACCAAGACUUCAGCGGCCAAGAAGCGCGAGAAGGUGCCCUGGCGCCUGGCAUACAAGUUCCAGAGUAACGCCAGUGCUGUCUAUCGGCCGAAUCCGCCCGUCACAAAGCCGAAACUCAAGUCGAAGGCUACCCCAAUACUGGUGAGCAAGUCCAGGCAGCUGAUGACAGCGAACAGCUGUCGGCGCUUGCGCUUGAAGCGCUCGCAGGCGCGCAUGGCCAAGGAUUUGGAGCGGGACGAGGCUAUCGAUGAUCCGGAACGCUUGGAGGCCGGCAGCCUGCACAACUCUCGAUCUCGAGUCAUUCCAAAUCCAAAGCAUAAGGUCAAGCGGCCGUACAAGAUCAGCGCACGGUUGUUGGAGCUGGCGCAGCCAUCGCUGCAUCGCCGAUUCGUGCCGCAGCCGGCGCCCCAAUACAACCGUCCGCCCGUGUUCAAGCCGAAGCAUAAGCUGAGGCCGCGCCGUCGACGAAAUCGCGUCAUCGUCGACAGCAGCCUGGGCAGCAUUGAGGGUAUGCGGCCCACCUCACGAUCGGGCCUGUCGCCGGCCAAGCGUAAUCUGACGCUCGCAUUUAUGAACAAGGAGGGUCCACGUAGUCCCCGCACUCCGCGCCCUAGACGCAGCGUCCUAUGGAGGUAGUUGUUAUUAAGUAGUUAGUUUAAUUCCUGCUUGCGGACGUACUCCACACAUGCGGAGCUCGUCCAUUGUCCUGUAACAUUUUCGCAGACACCUAAAUAAAUUUUGAAGUUAUGACUGAAGUGAGUCACCAAAAAACUAUCAGAGAGUGGAGUGCAAUGCCAAGUAGCACCGGAAACUCGAUCAGGCAUUGCAGCAAUUUUGAGUAAGCUAAAGCUGAG